AUGGCGCGAGAAUUCUACGACAUCCUCGUUUACCCCGAUGUCAAGGAGGCGGACUCCACUCGCCGAUGGCGAGCCUCGCCGAAGAGCUACACGUGCGAAUUUCGGAUCUGGCAUCCGUCCACGCUCACCCUAAAGCCUGUUCCCGCGGGCAUUGAGAUUCUGCUGUAUCGCACGUUCUCGAUGGACAAACUCCUCGAUCACGUCGCUGAGGACCAGGCCCUGAGCUUGACCGUGGAGGAGACGCUCGUGCUCCUGCGCAAGACCCUCCGAGCGGCGACUUUCGAGACGGUACGAUUAGAUUUGGACGACGACGAAAACGAAUACGGGCUUCCCUGCGGGUUGCUCGUGACCGCGGUGCUGGACGAGAAAGAGGACACGAAAGCGACGCUCCGAUUCCCACCGACCGGCGGGUGCGUGUACGGCACGCGGUUCGAUGGUGGGAUGGCCUCGUGGGGCAAAGCGCUCGUCGUGAUGACCCGCACGAUCGCGGCUCGGAACGAGGAAUUAGAACGCGCCGUCGAAGGCGACCGCAGAGCGCUGCGGGCGCUUCGCUCGAUGCUGUCGCUCUACGACGCGUCCUUCGCGUCCGACGGGGAGAGCGUCAAGAUCGCCGGCGUGAGCGCGCGCGUCGGCGGGCUCGCGGGGAGCAGCCCGCUGAAGCCGUCGAUGUGCGCCGACGCGCGAAGAGCGCGCGCGGAGGCGGCGGCGGCGAUCGCGGAACUCGAAGCGCGCGUCGAGGCGCACGAGAACCGCGCGCGGGGGCUCGUCAUGGGCGCGGAUGAGGAGACUCUGGCGUUCUACGGCGCGGCGAAGACUCGCGGCGACGACGAUGGGGGCGAAGGAGAGGGUGGGGGGAACGGCGGCGGCGGCGAGACGAAGAGAGAGCCGCCGGGGCUGGGGGGGACGCCCGCGGGGUCGCCGGCGGCGAAAAAGCCGCGGCAAGGCUUAACGCUCGCUCGCGGCGCGAAGUGA